UGCCAUUAUUAUACAUAAUCUAAAAAGUCCAAAAUAUCCACGGGCAUGGAGUUCACGAGGCAGUACCUACCAAUGGAAUGGGAAGAACGAUGGAGGAGAGAGAAAGAGAGGAAGAAACGAGCAAUUGAAGAAGGUGGAGAGGCGAUGGAAAGAGAUAAGCGAGAGCUGAGGUGGAUUGUGGCCUACAAUGACUCCAGGAUGGGGUUGGUCAGUGGGCGGGGUGAGACAGCAAGGACGGACAUGGGGGUGAAAUAUGUUCACCCUGCUCAUGGAGAAAACGAGGAGGAAUUCCAAGACCAGGAAAACACCCGCAUAUACAAGUCUGAAACCUAUCCCAGACAGGUAUUCCAGGUCCUGAAGGAGUUCUGGGAUGUCUCUCUUCUCACAGAUUUGACUCUGAGCCUUGACACUGGGAGUUGUGUCCAUGUCCACUCCCCUGUCAUGGCUGCUGUCAGCUCCUUCAUCCAGGAGAGACUAAGAGAGAAAAGUGAUGAAAGAACAAAUGAUGGCAAAGGAGUAGACAACAGGUGGUCAGUGAUUCUGGGUCCUGAGGUAGAUCAUGUUGGGCUGCAGGCAGUUCUGGAGUUUGCCUACACGGGUGCUGUGUCAUCUUUGACCAAAGACACUGUGGACCAAAUUAAGUCUGCAGCUCUUGUACUCAGAGUUCCCAGAGUGCUGGAUCUCUGCAAUGAUGCAGAAAGGUUGAAGGACAGAGGAAGUGCUGAUGGAGAAGACAAGCUGGUCUCCACACUGGAGCAGAAGAAGAGUAAUCUUCAAUCUAUUGCACAAUUGUGGGAAGACAGAGUUGGCUGUGACGUGACUUUGGAUGUGGAUGGGACUUUAUUCCACGUCCAUAGAGUUAUCCUGGCUGCAAGCAGUGACUACUUCCGUGGUAUGUUUACCAGCGGGAUGAGGGAAUCCCAUCAAACAUGUGUUGCUCUUCCCUUCUUGUUGGCUUCUGAAUUGGAGGCUCUGAUUAGCUGCUCAUAUAGCGGGACCCUUCUACUCAGCUGGGACUGCAUCUUUGAGAUCACCUGCACUGCCCUCCAGCUACAGUUCCAGGAUGCCCUCUCCCUUUGUCUCGACUUCAUGCGACAAGAAAUGGAUGCAAGCUCCUGCCUGGACGUGGCAUCCUUUGCUGAAGCCUAUGGGAUGUCAGAACUUUUUGAGGAAGCCAGUGACUUUGUACUGAGGAACUUCUGGGAGGUGUCAGCCACAAAGAAAUUUCAGGACCUGCCAGCAGAGAAGCUCCUUGCGUUCCUCCGCUGUGAUGCUCUGUGUGCGCCCUCGGAGUUGGCUGUAUUUCGAGCUGUAAUCUCUUGGCUGGAAGCUGAUCCUGAUCAAAGACUAGGCCAUGCUGGCUCAUUAAUGUCUGAAGUCCGAUUCCCCCUUAUGACAUUUCGGGAGUUUAGGGAGGUCAGAGCCAUUAACCUGCACUUGGAAUGCACUGGAAACAAGGAGGUGGAACUCUAUGGAUCUGCUCUUAAGGAAUUUGGUUUUACGCUUACAACUUCGGAAGAUCGGUGUCGGAUAAGGCGACCCAAAGAUCCUCUAGUUGUAGUCGGGGGGGACCUGCUGUCCCCAGAUGUGGGUCAACGAAUACCAAGCAAGGAACUGUGGUUCUCCAACUCUCUACGCAGUGGCACAGGGUUAGUGAAGUACAUUGAGUGGAGGAGGCUCUGUGAGUUGCCAGACAACCCGACGUUCAGACAUGGAGUUGCAGUUAUGAAGGGAAAACUGUACGUAGUGGGAGGAUGUCAUUUCUACACCAAAGAUGACGUCAUGAAAUCUGCCUACAGUUACGACCCUUUGACAGACUGCUGGAAGAGACUUGCUGAUAUGAAUGAGUUUAGAAGUAACUUCUCCGUGGUAGCACAAGAAGACUGCCUGUAUGCCAUUGGUGGAGACAAACAGAUAAAUACGAACGUAGACAGCGUGGAAAUGUACAACGCACACACAGACUCCUGGAGCUUUGUCCAGCCCCUGGACCGGGCUCUGAGCGGCUAUGCCAUCACUGUCAAACAAGGCGGGAUUUUCAUCUCUGGAGGUUUCAACUGUAAGUAUGAGUGUCUGGUUUCCAUGUUCCUGUACCACCCAGAGAGGGGAACCACCUACCUGGCAGACAUGACCCAUGAUCGGGCCCAGCACUGCAUGGAGGCCCUGCACGGCCGUCUCUACGUGGCUGGUGGAGUGUGUAACCUGAGGACUUUCUACACCAACCAACAAACUUGUGAAAUCUAUGAUCCUGUGUGCGAUUCUUGGACAAUGUUUGCAUCGCUGCCUGUACCCCAUGUUGGUGCUGCCUCAGCUGUCCUGGAGGACAAGAUCUAUGUCCUGGGAGGAUAUUGCCAAGAGGACUACAGUGAAUCUGGACUGGUCCACCGGUUUGAUCCCAGCAUGCAGCGAUGGGAGAACAUGGGAAAAUUGCCUGGUGCUGUCACUGACAUACGGGCCUGUCUGCUCCAUUUGCCACAACACAUUAGACAGUAGAAGGACUGUCAAUAUUCUAGAACAUUACAGGUGAAAGCCAACAGAAUGAGUUUUGGUAAUCGAUGCAUGUCA